AUGGCUCUCUUUUUCCCGCGGCGACUCGCGGCUGCCGACCUCCUGACGAGCGAGUACUUCGACUGUCAGGAAGGCUUCGGCGACGGCAUCUUCCAGUUGCGGCUGCUGAUCCUGUGCACCGUUGCCAUUUUCCUGGUCAACGGGGAAGUAGUGCUGAUGCCCGCAGUCUCGAGCGAUGUGGACCACUGGUGCAAGAUGCCGGCCGGAUCUAAUAUCUCGGCGGACGCGUGGAAGGACGUUGCCAUACCCGUGGCAGCCGACGGACGCCACAGCCGCUGCCACGUAUUCGAGAAUCUCGGAGACUUGCCGAACGACACAGCCGUCGCGGUCGAGUGCUACGAGUGGGACUACGACCAAGCGCAAGUCGAGGCGUCGGUAAUUAGCGCCUGGAACUUAGUUUGCCAAAGGCGCGCCUUGCUCGCCGCCGCAAUGGCGGCGCAACAAGCGGGUUCCGGCGUGUUCCUGCUGCUGUCGGGUGCCGCGGCCGACCUUUUGGGCAGGAUGCCCGUUCUCCUAGUGGCGACGACAGCUACGAUUGUGUCGGCAGCAGCCAGCUGUCUGGCCACCGACUACGUGCUUUACACCUUGGCGCUCUUUUUUGUAUCCGGCGGCGUGAUCUCCUGCGCCGCCGCGACCGUGAUCGUCUUCUUUGAGGUCACCGUCCACGAACACCGGCCAUUGUACAUCAUCUACUCUGCGACAGCGAGCUUCUUGCUAGGUGACGUGUGGUUUGCGAUCGUCAGGGCCCUCAAGGUCAGCUGGCGCCUGAAACAAGCUGUUUUUCUCUCGCCCACACUGCUUCUCCUCGCUGCCUUCGCGGUCGUGCAAGAAUCACCGCGCUGGCUGAUCGCCAAAGGGCACGUGGAAGAGGCUGAAGCUGUGAUGAUGACCGCGGCCGAGCUGAACCACUUUCCCCUGUCCGGCACAGCCUGUCUCGUCGACAAACUGAGGCGGGAUCGCUGGAAGUACAGGAAUCGCGCCCCCGCGUCCGGCAACGAAAGCUUGCUGCUGGACGCCAGAUCGGUCCGGCGGCGAGCGUUGACGAUGUUCGCUAUUCUGUUCUCGCUCAUGUUCGGCGUCAUCACAGAUGUCAUCUCGAUAAUGGCGCGAAGCAACGACAACGAAGACAGGAGCGUUUGGUUCAUGGUGGUCGUGCUCGUUGGUACGCUGCUCAGUUACGCGGCAAUGUACACCGUGGUUACCCGGUUUGCCCUGGUCAAAGUGCUCAGUGUCUCCUCGGCAGCCGCCGGCUGUACCCACUGUCUGCUCAGCUUCGCCGCUAACUUUUAUUCCGUGGCCACCGUCCUACUCGCGCUGUCGCACGGCAUCCUUGCCGUAGCCGUCGCAGUUAGCAUCGCGUAUAUCAUGGAGACAGUGCCCACGGCCGUUCGCGGUGUGGCCUUGUGCUGGGCUCUGGCCUGUGGAAGCGUCGGCGCCGGCUGCGCGUGUUCGGCGUUGGUGCUGCAGCAGCUCGGCCGCGAGGACGUGGCGUUCGGUACGACAGCGCUCUUGCUCGUGGUGUCGCUGUUCGUGAUUUCCGACCUGCCUCCUCCGUCAGUAAUCGAGUGCGCGGUCACCGACGCCGCGACUAAGAGGCACGCCUCGGUCUCCAGCAAGGCCUCCCUUGACCACAUGAAGAAAACGCUGGACAAUUGUCCUCUGGACAAGAUCAGCCCGAUGAGUUCCAGGAGCAAGAGGAGCCUGACGGAUGGCUCGCUGCGCACGUCUUCGGGCCACAGCUACCCGCGCCAUUUUUGA